UAGAGGUGACCGGAAGUGGGUUCUUUGCCCCCUGUCCUGGACGGGAUCGGGUCUCCGCGGUUUUGGUUUGGUUCGCGCUGUGGUCUGAUUCUCUCGCUCGACCCUAGUGCUUGGGCUUCGGGGUGGGCUCUCCUAGGUACUCAGCUUCCUCCAGUAUCAACCUUGGGAAGCUAGUGCACUCCCCGGUCUCCUAGCAACGCGGACCGAGCCUGACGGAGCGCGGCGCAGACCAACUUGUUCAGGCGCUAGCUGGAACCCCUGGUACCGGCCAAAUCGGAGCAGAAACCCGGCGCUCGGAAGAAUAAGCAGGAAUGGCGGACGAGGCAUUGUUUUUGCUUCUCCAUAACGAGAUGGUGUCAGGAGUGUACAAGUCCGCGGAGCAGGGGGGAGGUGGAAAAUGGACGUUGUAUUACUAGCUGGAAAACAUGGGGUUUCGAGUGGGACAAGGAUUGAUAGAAAGGUUUACGAAAGAUACUGCAAGGUUCAAGGAUGAGUUAGACAUCAUGAAGUUCAUUUGUAAAGAUUUUUGGACCACCGUGUAGAAACAGAUCGACAAUCUAAGGACAAAUCAUCAGGGCAUCUAUGUACUUCAGGACAACAAAUUUCGUCUGCUUACCGAUGAUUCUGCAGGAAAACAGUACUUAGAGCAUGCGUCUAAGUAUCUAGCAUUUACUUGUGGCUUAAUCAGAGGUGGCUUAUCAAACUUGGGGAUAAAAAGUAUUGUAACAGCUGAAGUGUCUUCAAUGCCUGCGUGCAAAUUUCAGGUGAUGAUACAGAAGCUGUAGAACAUACUGAAAUGCAAAGCUUCCACAGUGUAAAGAGAUAAAUUAUCAUGUAUAAAGUAUUUGAGUAAUAUGAUUUAAAUACAUUGUUGGAUAUUUGUAUAGGAGGAUCUGUUUCAUCUGUUCACAGACUAAGACAAGUGGUCAUUCUAUUAUGAUACAAACUUUUUAUUGAAACGAUUCAAAAUGAAAACCUGACUUCAGAUAACUAGACAUGAACCUAUAGGACUCUUCAAACAUUUUUGUUUACUUAGAGAUAUGUUUUUAACCACAGGUGGAAAAGCAAAACUCAGGGUUUGUUGAACUAGCAUGAAGAAAAGUGUGCAUCAAUCAGAAUCAUUUGUGUAAGAAUGACAAACUUUGAUAAAGUGUGAAUUUUAGUUAUUUUUAAACAACAAACACUAAAGCUUAAUUUUUAUUUUAUUGCUUAUAAUUUAUUUCUAUUGAGAAUUUUAUGCA